AUGGUUACCGACAACAAGACUGGCCGCCGGAGGAGGUCUAGCAGCAUCCUUCAGGUCUAUCAUGAGCCGCAAGAGCCCAUCGAUCAGCUCAGCGACCAGUCUGCGCUGCCCAACCUGAAUGCGAACUGGGUCAACGCCAAGGGCGCUUGGGGCAUCCACAUCGUUCUCAUCAUCGCCCUCAAGAUCCUCUACGAUGUGAUUCCCGGCGUGUCACAAGAGACUUCAUGGACGCUGGUCAACAUCUCGUAUAUGCUAGGAUCCUACAUCAUGUUUCAUUACGUCAGGGGCGUCCCUUUUGAAUUCAACGCCGGCGCAUACGACAACCUCAACAUGUGGGAGCAGAUAGACGAUGGCGCACAGUACACUCCGGCCAAAAAGUUUCUGCUCAGUGUGCCUAUUGUGCUUUUCCUGCUGAGCACACAUUACACCCAUUACGAUUUGACUUAUUUCACCAUCAACUUCCUGGCCGUCUUGGGUGUUGUGAUUCCAAAGCUGCCUUUUAGCCACCGCAUGAGGGUUGGUUUGUUUUCUGGGCCGCCGGAGGAUCAAUGA